AUGAUCCGAUCAGUUCGCCACCUAUCGACUCUCAGAUCGACUCCUCGUGUCGCUGUCGUUGGAGCAGGCCCUGCAGGCUUCUACACUGCGCACCGGUUGCUCAAGCUCCAGCCAGACACCAAGAUCGACCUUUUUGAAAGCCUGCCUGUGCCUUACGGACUGGCUAGACAUGGAGUAGCACCGGAUCAUCCGGAGGUAAAGAACUGCCAGGACACGUUCGACGAGGUUGGAAACGACCCCCGUGUCCAGUUCUUUGGCAACGUGACUGUCGGAGACACCCUACCUGUGUCCAAGCUCAGAGACAACUACAAUGCUGUGGUUCUAUCUUACGGCACCCAUACAGAUAGGAAGCUAGGUAUUCCCGGAGAGGACCUGCCCGGUGUCAUUUCUGCACGAACGUUUGUCAAUUGGUACAAUGGUCACCCCGAGCAUGAAAGUCUCAACCCUCCUCUCCACAAGGCCGAAACAGUGACAAUUGUGGGAAACGGAAACGUGGCUCUGGAUAUUGCUCGCAUCCUGCUAUCCCCUCUCGACCACCUCAAGUCUACAGAUAUCACACAGCAGGCGUACGAGACGCUCAAGACGUCCAAGGUUAAGCGGGUGCGAAUCAUGGCCCGACGAGGACUGCUAGAGUCUGCAUUCACAAUCAAGGAGAUCCGAGAACUCUUCAAGCUGCCCGAUACAGGCUUUGUCGCGUUUCCUCAUACGAAAUGGGACGAUGUGCUAGCUGCCCACAAGAGCUACAAGCGUCCUCUUUCUCGAAUUGUCAAGCUCAUCGAGGAGUACAAUCUCAAGGCCAAGCAGAGGGACCCUGCUCAUGCAUCCACCCUCAAACAAUGGUCAUUAGACUACCUUCUUUCACCCAAGGAGGUGAUCGCGAACCCCGACGACCCCGAACUCGUCAAGACUCUUAUCGCUACGGAAAACAAACUUGUUUCUGCUGACGGCUCUGGACGAAUCGGAGUGGAGCCUACUGGUGUUACCGAGAGCUUCGACACCGACCUGAUCUUCACCAGUAUCGGAUAUGCAUCUACUCCUCUGGAGGGCAUUCCUUUUGACGACCGAAAAAGCGUCAUUCCGUCUUCUAGAGGCCGAGUAACUGACAAUGGGGUCUACGCUGCAGGAUGGGUCAAGAACGGACCCACCGGUGUGAUUGCCACCACUAUGGCAGACUCAUUUGACACAGCACAGGCUAUUUCCGACGAUAUAACCGCCGGCAAGCUUGAUGGUGCCAAGUCUGGUUCCGAUAACCUCACCCAGUAUCUUGAGGAUGCCAUUUCAUGGGACCAGUGGAAGAAGCUGGAGGCCCAUGAACACAGCCAGGGUGAUGCCGCAGGUAAGCCCAGAGAAAAGGUCAACAAUGUUGCCAAGAUGUUGGAGAUUGCUCGACAGUGA